AUGUCCGCGGGUAAGCUUUUGCAUUCGAUUCCCAUCGGCCGUGUGAGAUGUCCACAGAUAAGCACGAUAAAUUUAAUUAAAUGUCUCGGAGAGGUCCCACGGACGGGUAAGGUGCGGGCACGCGGGGCGGUGGGGGCUGCGGUGCGGGGGCCUGCUUGUGGACAGAAGUGCCGAGGGCAGGCAAAUUUGUUUGCUCCUGCGUUCGGUCCACUUGUAUUAAUUAAGUGCGGCGCGGCUCAAAGACGUCGCCGCACAACACCGUCAGGACGAAGGCUACGCAUACAAAAAAAACAUCGCCAGCGCAGGCGCAGUGGCCGGACACCCACUGUCGUUUGUUAUUUACAAGUUGUGCACGACGUGGUGAUGUGCGGUUCCAUUCUAUUCUUUCUCAUUGCUUAG